AUGAAAGAAUUUGAACAUCAUCCCAAUCGCUAUAAUUUAGUUAGUGAAAAAAUGAAUAAACAAUUUAGCCCAAAAAUGAUUUGUCAACGUUGGACAAAUAUUCUCGAUCCACGUCUUUGUCACGAUUCUUUUGAUGAGACUGAAAAAUUAUACUUGAUCGAAUGGGUUAAAAAAUAUAAAAUUCAGAAUCCAUCUGCUGAUAAAAUCCCUUGGAAAACAUUAAUUCUGGAGAUGAAAGAUAAAUUUGGCAAAUUACGCUCCGAAAAUAAAGUAAAGAAUUUUUGGCACUCUAAACAAAGGCAAAAAGGAAGAAAUCCUUCCGGAAUUAAUCACGAUAUAUCUUAUUCCCCUCAAUAUAACAAUGGUCAAGAAUCUUCCGAAAUUAAAAGAGAUCCUAAAAUGGAAAUCCCAGCUUUGAUAAAUCUUUCAAAAUAAGCACCUUUUUAUUGUUUAUAUUUUUAAUUUUUUUUAAAAAUUUAAGGUUUUUUUAUAAUUAAGAUUUGUUUUAAAAAAUUUAUGUUUUAUAAUUAAGAUAAGGCAAUAAGAAAUAAAAAGCAAUUAAGGUUUAUAA